AUGGGACUGCUGAUCUCAGUAAACGGACAAACAACACAAACUACAUCACAAAGUACAUGGAUGAACUAUACUAUUUCAUACGAGAAUUUUGACGUUGACAGCUGUGUUUCGACUACAGUUGAAGCUAUAUCUACAACUCAAACAACACAAACUACAUCGCAAAAUACACGGAUGAACUAUACUAUUUCAUACGAGGAAUUUGACGAUAACAGUUGUAUUGCGACUACAGUUGAAGCUAUAUCUACAGCUCAAACAACAACGACAGUAACAACAACGGCAAGAACAUCAGCAGAAACAACAACGUCAACAGAGACACCAACAAUAACGACAACAACGACGUCAACAACGGUACCAACGAACCCAACAACGGUAUCAACGAACGCAACAACGCUUUCAGCAACGCAUUCAACAACGGUACCAACGAACUCAACAACGGCAACAACGAACUCAACAACGGUACCAACGACAACAGAUAUAACAAUCAUAUCACAUUUAGUAUCAUAUGGAAAUGGAUCAAUAUUUAUUGCUCCGACAUGUCCAACUCAAAGUCUUGGUACUUCAUGUAACAUA